AUGACUUCACUACGGGUUUUGAAACCAAAUACAUUGUAUGUAUUUUUCCAAACAAGAAUACCGAGAGACAAGAGAGAAGCGAGAGACGCAUCUAGACUCGCCUUAGAAGAUGACAAUACUAGAGUUAGUGCCUACAUAUCCGGCUCAAAAGAUCCCUGGGUUGGACGUUGGGGUAAAUUAAACCCAACACGAUCCACCAACAGAACAUUGAAAUUUAGAGAUGUUAACCUUCGCCGCCGUUCCCGAAGUUUCUUCCUUUGGGAGAUCAUGCCAACAAAUAACAAUAACAGAGUGCUGAAUCGUCUUCAGCAUAUGUAUAUUAGCAACAAUCAUGGCAAUUGGAUUGCCCCAAAAGCAUUAUUAAAUUUCUUACAAACGUUGCAUGGAAGUCAUGGAAGAAUAAAUCUUCUAUUCCAGCCAAUUAUUCCUGCCCAUGCAUCUGGAGUUUUCAGAACCAUCCAAGAAGCUGAAAGGAAACUGCCGAUGCAAGAUAUGGGGUUACCAAGAAACUUGACGAUACUGAGAGUACAGCCUGGUGAGAAUAUUCAGACAGUAGAUUUUGAAUCGAAACCUACCCUUAAGAUCAUAGGUAUACCUCCAGAACAUUCGCAUCAUCAUCAUCAUCAUCAUCAUAAGCAUCAGCAUCAGCAUCGUUGCCGAAAUCCUAGGCGUCACCGCUUGGCACCCCGGAAAAGUUCAUGGCAUAGAAGACAGCACUAUUAUGAUCAUAGACGCCCUCGUGACAGAAAGGAGUCUUUUGGGGACUACCCGUUGACUAAGAAGACAACAAAUCUACCGAUGCAUGAGCCGAUGGUGAGUGAGUAUAUAGAGCCAUCUAUAAACAUUCAGCAAGAUCAUUCGCGACGAUCAUCAGUGCCUCAGUUAUCAUCAACAGCACCGCCAAUCUAUCCAAUGGUCGGUGCCCUUCCACCUGGAGGCCACGUAAUGCCACCUGUGAAUGCUCCCCAGGUAGUCGCCGUACCUCAGUACCCUCAAGUCACGCCAACUAUGAUAGCCGGUCAACCUGUUCCACCACAGACUUCUGAGUCACUUCCAGUACCGAUAUCCAGUUCUACGUCUAGUAGACGUCGAUUUAUAUCUUUGCAACCAAGUGAUCCAUAUUAUCGAAAGGAGCCUAAGUCUCAGAACUCUCAUCACCCUUCAAUUGAUUCCGUUAAUUCCAAUCCCCGCCGUCGACGUAACUCUGAGUCUGAAGCAAGUUAUUAUGGGAAAAGGAAUCCACAGGAAGAAAACAGAAAAUCCAAUCACGGACACCAUCUCGGCUUCAGAGAAACCCUAUCUCAUAUUAAAGAUAAACUCAUGCAUCCUGUAACACCAGCACCCUAA